UUUGGGAGUUUGGGGUGGUUCUUUCUCAGAGUCUGAUGCACCCCCUCUGUCCCACAGGCGCAUUUCAUGAAUUAGGGCAGCAUUUGCGGCGUAGUUUCGCUUAUUCGUCACCCAGACCGCAAUCAGGAUCUGGCUCGCCGGAUAGGAAACCUGAGAAAACCGUGAGCGAUGAAACACUUUUGCACACUGAUGCUGUUGCUGGUGGAAGCCGCCGAGCCAGCAAGUGUUGCUUCUCUGAACUUUUCGCAGGACGAGCAACGAUCGUCUUUGGGACGAACUCCUACCUGGCCAACAUGGGAAUAUGACUCGAUCAUGGGGGUGAAUAGAUAUAAGGAUGGUGAGCUAAGAAAUUAUAAUACCCCUCUGUUUAAAUCCGACCCCACGCACAGAAGAGCACCGCGGGGCGCAAAGUUGAAGAGCAUCCAUGCAAUUGACCAACAGAUUCCGCUCAGGUACAAAUAUGACAAUUCUACUACACCAAAAACUACCAAGCACACAAACAUCCCAUGGACAGUGGAUAACGACAGUGGGGAAAGGGCAAGCGGCUCUCCUGAUGACUCAGGGAACCGCAGCUCCACGAAGAGGACAAGGCAGCGGAUCUACAAUCCGCUGUAUCCCGUCAUGGGCAGCUCCUACAGCGCCUACGGGGUGAUGUUCCUGUCGCUCAUCGUCUUUGCCGUGGGCAUCGUCGGCAACUUGGCGGUGAUGUGCAUCGUGUGGCACAACUAUUACAUGAAGAGCGCCUGGAACUGCAUCCUGGCUGGUCUGGCUUUUUGGGAUUUUUUGAUACUUUUUUCCUGCUUGCCUGUGGUGGUCUUCAAUGAGAUAACCAAGAAACGCUUGUUGGGGGACGUAUCCUGCAAGAUCGUGCCUUACCUAGAGGUGUCUUCCCAGGGUGUGACCACCUUCAGCCUGUGUGCCUUGGCCAUCGACCGCUUCCACGCGGCCACCAGUAUGCAGCCCAAGGCCCAGCGGUUGGAGUCAUGCCAAUCCAUCCUGGCCAAGCUGGCCGUGGUGUGGGUGGGCUCCAUGGUGUUGGCAUUGCCCGAGCUGUUGCUGUGGCAGGUGAGCCAGGAUACUCCAGCGCCCCCUAGAAUCCUGGAGGAGUCUUGCUCCAUGAGGCCAUCUCCCAGCCUUCCAGAGUCGGUCUACUCAUUGGCGCUCACCUAUCAUGAUGCACGCAUGUGGUGGCACUUUGGGUGCUACUUCUGCCUGCCUGUACUCUUCACACUCUCCUGCCAGCUGGUCACUCGGAGGGUCACAUGCCGCGACGACAGCUCCUUCCCACCCGCGGGCCCCAAGCAUGCUGAGUGGCAUGGGGGACGGCGUCUGGACUCGGUGGUGACGGUGCUGGCACUGGUGUACGGUGCGUGCACGCUGCCCGCCAGCGGCUGCAGUGCGGCGCUGGCCUACGGCUCUGAGCGCAUGCCCCCUGGCGCUCGCUCGCUGCUGGCCCUGGUCGCCCAGUUCCUUCUGUUUGCCCGGGCUUCAGCCACCCCCCUGCUCCUACUGUGCCUGUGCCGCCCGCUUGGCAGAGCCUUCGCCGACUGCUGCUGCUGCUGCUGCUGCAUGGACCACCUGUCUGACAGCGAUUCCUCCACCCCUACCACACCCUCCACACCUUCCACCCCAUCCACAGCUUCCUCCAGCGCCCCCAUCAGCGGGGUCCAGGCUUUGGGACCUCCGUCUGUCCGCCUCAUUAAAAGCAUGCGCAGUCUGUCUGACAUGGCCAUCGGGACCCCAUGCUGAAGCAGCACCCCUCCUACACUGUACCGUGACGCACCUUUCAUACACGCUGUUCCCGGUGGAUGGGUUUGCUGGUUCCUUAUCAGGACCACUCAAAGUAUCAUCCUGCCCACUGUCUGUCUCAAUAAUGCACCUUAGGGCUAAUCCAGUGUUUCUUGAACUGGUCCUUGGGAAACCCCAGUCCACAUUUUUGUUCCCUCCAAGCUUCCUGCCAGCCAGUUUGAUGAGAGGCAGCGAAAACGUGAACUCUCUGUGGGCCCACAAGGACCGGGCUAACAAAACACUGCUCUAAUCUGUAGGUCAUCUUACCACAAAUACCACAUUUCUGCCUUUCCGCAAGUUGUUGUUUAGCUAUUUUGUUCGUUGUAAUGGUAACAUAGUUAACUGUUCAGCAUGAGCACUAACAGUAUUAGGCUGACAGUAGAUAAGUUAGUCCUGCUCUGAUUAUUUUUGUUUCAUGGUGCCUCAAGGUUGCUGGUCCACAGGAAGUACAAAAUACCACUCAAAGCACGUGGCUUUUAUGAUCCGUCAGCUCUGCAGCCAUGCGAAUGCAGGGAUUUGCGCCUUAAUGUUCACUAGAGCUCGGCCCUAUCUGUCUGAACAGAGAUUGGACCAUUUCUCGAUGGAGAUAGACUGACCUUUGACCUGAUAUUGUUACUGCACACACAGACAGUGGCAGAAACUGAACAAAAGGAUGUGACUCACUCUUAAGGGCUCUUAACUGUCUGUCUUGGACCCUUUGAGACGCAUGUGCUAUCAGCUGUCCGUUCUCUUCAUGCUGUGUGGCUCAAGUGUCACUGGGUGACGUUAAAGACAUUUAAGAGGCCGCUGUUUCCCCCACAUUGUUAUAAGCAUUGCUGCAACAGCGUUGUAAAGCAAUAAUACAUUCCUGCGUCAAAACUCUGUCUACAUGGGGAGGUUUUUGCAAACCCAGAAAGCACAUUCAGGGCCAGUCCUGGCUCAUUUCUUUACCGUUAGCAUUAACUCUGUCAGCGUUUAACAGGGCAAACCAAAGUUUCUGCUUGAUGGAAGUUAAACAUUGUUAGACUCCAUCCACAUUAGAAAAUUACCCAGAAAUAUCUUCCUCUUUUUCACAUUAGUAUGCAUACAGUCAAAUUGUGCAAUUCUGCACCAGAAACAGUAUUACUCAUUUACAAUAAUGUGCAAAACAAUUGGUCCACAUAAGCAUUUUGUUUUCGGUAUGAGGAAUAGACUGAAUGUCUUUGUGGAAAAUCUGUAAAAAAAAACCAAACCGUUUGUAUGUAUAAAAGGAGGCUUUUGUCUCUACACUGUAGACUCCUCCAGUUUAUACAUUUUAAUGAUUGUGAAGCCCUUUAUACAAUAAAAAAAAGGUUUGUGCUGUU